UCUGAAGCUGCAGCAGUGUUGUCCUCUGACAGACCUGACGCGGAGUCCACGUCCUUCUCAUGUUCACUCCAUGUCAGUGUGGACUGUCCCUGGUCACGUGUCACCUCCCUUCACUCGUUUUCUUUUCAUGACUCAGCGGAUUUUCGGCUGCAGCGUCAGGACUUUGAUCGUUUGACUCCACGUCCACGGGAAUAACUCACACAACAGGAGUCGGAUGUAUUAGGACACCAUGUCUCCGCCCCCCCACUGCUGCCGCCGCCGCCGCCUCCUGCUGCUGACGUCCUGCUUCCUGCUGCUGGUUCUGGUUCAGGUUCCUCGGGUUCGGUCCAGGCCGACCACAGAGGACACAGACACAGCCGACUCAGUGAAAUCGUCCGAGGACGAAGAAGAUGACGAGUCGUCGUCAGAGGAAAACAAACUCUCCAACGAGCUGUCGACGAGCAACGAAAAGCUUCAGCCGACGGCUCCUCAGUGGGUGAUGCCAGAGAAGAUGAAGAAGCAGCUCCACGCCGUUCCAGCCAGCAGCACCGUGAGGUUCCGGUGUCAGGCGUCUGGAAACCCUGUCCCGUCUCUGCGCUGGUAUAAGAACGGGAAAGAGUUCAAGAAAGACCAGAGAAUCGGAGGCUUUAAGAUCAGAGGACACAUGUGGACUCUUAUCAUGGAGUCUGUGGUUCCGUCAGACAAAGGCAACUACACGUGUGUGGUGGAGAACCAGUACGGGAGCCUGAAACACACCUACCUGCUGGACGUGGUCGAACGUUCUCCUCACAGACCGUUCCUGCAGGUCGGUCUGCCGGCUAACCAAACCGCCGCCGUCGGUGCCGACGUGCGGUUCGUGUGUCGCGUGUUCAGCGACCCGCAGCCUCACAUCCAGUGGCUCAAACACAUCACGGUCAACGGCAGCAGAGAGGGACCGGACGGACUGCCGUACGUCCUCGUCCUCAAGGUCAGCAAGUGUGAGGGAGUUAUAUGACAUAAAGUGUUUAAAGUAACACGACAGAGGACACGUGA